CACCAGGAGGAGAAGUGCACUGAACAUGGACCUACUCUUAAGGCACAUGGUGGAUUUAAUCCUUCUUCAGAUGCUGCUGAACUUGACAAGGCCAUCAAAGUUAAAGGCGUUGAUGAAGCAACAAUCAUUGAUAUUUUGACUAAAAGAAACAAUGCUCAACGCCAAGAAAUCAAAGCCGCUUAUCAACAAUUAACUGGGAAGCCCCUGGAAGCUGCUUUGAAGAAGGCACUCUCUAGUCAUCUCGAGGAAGUAGUUUUGGCUCUAAUGAAGCCGCCAGCUCUAUAUGAUGCAGAGCAGCUGAAAUUGGCCACCAAGGGCCUUGGAACAGAUGAAGAUACCCUGAUUGAGAUCCUGGUUUCAAGAACCAAACAGGAGAUAUGUGAAAUCAACAAAGUAUACAAGGAAGUAUACAAAAAGGAACUAUGCAAGGAUAUUGCAUCUGAUACAUCUGGAGACUUCCAAAAGUGCCUCCUGGCCUUGGCCAAGGGUGAAAGGGACGAAUCUGCCCCUGCGAAUGAUGAACUUGCUGACAAUGAUGCAAGGGCUUUGUAUGAAGCUGGUGAGAAGCGAAAAGGAACAGAUGUCCCCAUGUUCAUUAAUAUUCUCACUUCAAGGAGUUUGACACAUCUUCACACAGUCUUUCAGAAAUACUGCAAAUACAGCAAGAAUGACAUGAGCAAAGCUAUAGAUUUGGAGCUGAAAGGUGAUAUUGAAAAAUGCCUGCUCUCUCUUGUGAGCGUUGCUGUUUCCAAACCGGCCUACUUUGCUGAAAGAUUCUUUCAGGCUAUGAAGGGCUCUGGAACAAGACACAAAGCACUGAUUCGACUCCUGGUGUCACGUUCGGAAAUUGACUUAACCGAAAUUAAAUUUCAUUACAAGCGAAUGUAUGGGAAGUCCCUUUACCAGGCUAUAAAGGAAGAGAAAUGCAAAGGGGAUUAUGAACUCAUCCUGCUGGCUUUGU